AUGUCCGAGGAGGCAGUGCGUCAAACGCGCAGCCAGAAGCGUGCUCUAGAGAGGGACCAUGCAACUGUGGUGGGGUCCCCAGGAGACAUGGACAGUAAACGGGUCAAGCUGGAGAAAGGUGAUCCCGCCGGAGCUCCCUUGGCUUUAGUAGCACCUGGAGCUGGUGGAGUCAAGCUGAAGAGCGAGCAGGCGGCAAAGGUAGCAGCCAGCAUCCUCAAAUCUGGGGAAGUGAAGGCCACCAUCAAGGUGGAGGUGCAGACUGGAGACGAGCCUGUUGACAUGAGCACAUCAAAAAGGUACGUAAUUGACACAAGAUCAAAGAGUAUAAACUGCUUAAUGAGUGUCGAAGUAGUGGAAUGAUACUGAUGAUCCUCUGAGGGUGUUUAUAAAGAACAUGUUGUUCAGUUCAAAGUCAUUAUUCUGAGCAACAAUGAAAGGGAUACCAUGAACACUGUACCUUAGGUUUAUUCCUGUAUGCUGAGCCUCAGAAGAGCAUAGUCAGCCAACUUCGUUCACAAUCAACUCUUUGUAAGUCCUUCCAGCUGGACUAGAUGCACUCUAAUCUCCUUAUACUCCAGUUAAUAUCGGUGAAAGCACAAAAUGCAAAGAACCGUUCCCCACUGUUGUCUAGUUGAUUAUGCUAAACUGACGCUGAACCAUAGUUUUUUGCAGGGAGGGCGUUACUUGCAAGUGGUGCUUUAAAUAACUUGACAACUCCAGCUCUGGAUUUUUCUGCACUUUGUAAGUUAGUUUGAAAAAAUUCUCCAGAGUGAUAAAUGUUUUUGAAGGUCUGGAUAUCAUUUCUGCAAAGAGCGCGUGGCGGUGCACGAAGACGAGUCUGUCUGUAGUUUCAGGCCCGUCUCUAAGUUUGCAUUCACAAGUGGUCUGACAGGAGUCAUACAGGAAGUCACUGUGUGGUUGUCGGCAGCCUGCCCCCAUUUUGAAAAAAAGUUUGAGGCUCCUGAGGCCCGGGCUCCAUUUUCUCCCACAGCAGCACCUGAACUCUGCCUCACACUUCACACAAAAUGAAGGCUAUGUGUCACAAACUGGUUCCAACUGGCCGUUGCCAUGGUUUCCACAUUGGAAGGAGCAGUUGGAGGAAGGAGGGGCCAGGAGGGGUUGGUGGGUGUGUCACAUGACCACACAGAGAAAUGCCUGAUGUCAUGUGACGUGUUUGGUAGAGCAAUAAAUACAGAGAGUGAUGUGAUGGCAGCAGAAGUGGGACAGAGAGGUGUGUGUGUGUGUGUGUGCGUGUGUGUUGGCUCUGAUUGUGCUAUAUCAUGAGUGUCACCUUUGGCCCCUGUUCCAACCUCACCACCCGCUGUGUUUGUUCAAGCUCUGCAUGUUGAUUAAGUUUUUCUUGCAAACAGCAGCGUAAGUCUGCGUUAGGUAACUUGGUCAAACUAUCAAGUUACCUUUGUUUACUCUUGAGGUAGUUUGCAUGAAUUCAUUAAAAAAAACACCUCAUCAUUUACAUGCAUCUGCGUCCUAUUGUACCGCUCAUCUAUUUAUUAGACGGAGAGCGCAUUACAGAGCUAAAAACGGCGCUUUAGUAGAAGUGUUGCAUUCAGAACAGACAAUCCCUCCGCUCCUAAUAAUGACCGAUUCAGCAAUCCUAUAGAAGGGUCAGUGUGGAGCCUGUGAUCGCAGGAGCCGAGGCAUGCAGAAACAUUGGACCUUACAUAACCAAGCUGCUGCUGUUGUGUGUUGUGAUGCUUGUGUAAGCAGUUCUCAAUAGAGACACGGUAGAAACCAUCACAAGCUCUAGUCCCAGUCAAUCAAGGUGACAGAUGAGCAGUAAGUUAGAGUUAGUGAGAGGGGAUAUGAGGCCUUUGAGUUCUCUGUGUCUGUACAUGGUGUUUUAGUGGAUCAUAUCGGGGUGUAUGUAUGUAUGUCUGUGUUGUAAACAGCUGAGGAGGGAAAAGUGCUGCUGGUUCAGACUUCAGCUGGGACAGGAGAGUAAUCCCUCCCAGAAUAGCAGUAGGCUGUGAGGGCACAGUGUUAGACAUCGUUUUAGAUUCCAGCGAAACAUGGGAAGUACUUUUCAGGAAGCGCCACGAUUGUGUAUUUACAAAGCCGGUACUGUGUUUGCAGCAGCUGGUUAAAGCAAGAUUAUGACUGUCAAUGUUGGGUGCAGUUGGUGUUGAGGUUGCUGAGUCUGCCGAAAUCCUCAUCUCAUGAUGGUUUGGAUGAACAGCACGCUUAUUGUCGUAUAGUUGACCUUGUUGAACUGAGCGCGCGGCGUCUGUUGAGGGGAGCUGUGAGACAGCCGCUGCGAGGACUGAGAGGGCUCGCAGAGAAACGUGCCUGAAGACAGGCGGUACAAAGGGAUGAAAAAGUGUGAAGAAGUGCGUCAGUGAGUAUGCAGGAGUAUAAAAGAUGAACAACGAAGUAAGGUGGGGGAUGGGUGUGUGAAGUAUUGACUGAGUGAUUGACUGAGUGAGCGAGAGAGAGUGUACACAAUAGGUUGGCUCCUGGCCAUGCAUUCCCCUCCCCCUCACUGUCACCCUCUUCAGUGUCUCCAGCGGACCUCCGCUCUGCUCAGCUUGUGACUCUGGUGUCGGCAGCUGGGAGGGAGGGGAGAGCUGAGGCCCAGGCUGUACUGUUCAGGCUAGGCCAUAGGCCUUGCCACGGAGGUGGAGGGGAGGGGUGAGGCCCUGUCUGGGUGGUAAACUGGGCCUGAGCUUGAAUCCCUUGAGCAUUUGACAGCGCCUGAAGAAUUAUAUAACAUAACUGUAAGCGUACAUGCAUUACUCCACAUUAUGACCCAAACCUCUUCCUCUCACAUACUACCAUACACCACAGUCCCAAAAGCACCUCAUCCUCUCACACUUCUGCUUACUACUCCGACUUUUUGUUUUGCAAACAUGCCAAUCCUCAGGAUCCCCACUGUGAUAGAUUUAUUCCUCCAGUCGUCCACGCACAGUCAAAUUAUAACCACCCUCUGCUUCUUAUCUCCUCCCCCUCCAGAUUGAUGCACAUGCAGCUUGCCACUAGUCGCCUUUGUUCUCCUAAGUCCUCAGGAAAAGCCACUUAACAUUCUAUCAGGGGCUUUGAGCUUUUAGUCUUAUAAAAAAAACACACAAAUUCAGUUAAUUGGACCUUUGUUUGCAUGUUGUUUGAGAAAGGUUGCCGUGUCUGUAGGCUAGAAGAGAGCAGGAGGGCUAAUCGUUGAUGUUACCUCUCUCUAGAUAUAAUGGUUUACUGCGAUCUUCCCCUGCCGCCAUUACUCCAUUAUUGAUCUCUUGGUUCCUGUCUUCUUGUGUGUCCCAGAGCUCAUUUGUGCUCCAACAAGGUCUCUGAAAUCACAACUAUGUGCUGCCAUCUACUGGAUGUCUGAUAAAAAUACAAGCUUGUUGUAGCUGGUGGCCCUUAUUGUGUCACUUUAGACCAGUAGUUCUCAAGUCCAGUCCUCGAGCCCCCAUUGUCCUGCAUGUCUUGGAUGUUUCCCUGCUCCAACACACCUGAUUCAAAUGAUCAGCUCGUUAUCAAGCUCUGUAAUGGCUUAAUAACGAGCUGAUCAUUUGAAUCAGGUGUGUUGGCUCGAGGACUGGAUUGAUAACCACUGCUUUAAACUUAAACGAAAUGAAGGUGCUUUGUCUUGUUUCAAUGGUAAAACAUAUAUUUUUUUAACAUAUUUGUGUCCAUGUUUCUUUUCUCCUCUCAGUGACAUCAAGAAAGAGCAGCAGCCGCCAUCACCCGAUGAUGUCAUCGUGUUAUCAGACAAUGAGCCAUCCAGUCCUCUCAUGAAUGGCCACUGCUUCACCAAGACUGACACUGAUAAACUCAUGGUGAGAAAACGAGUCUUUGCUGCCCUUUAUCCGUCCACUGGCUCAGUCAGGAGGAUGAAUUCUCACUUUUGUUGUUAACAACAGGGUUCCUACGCAAGUGUGGAAAGUAUGGAAAUAAAUUUGGUCAAUUCCCAGGUCAUAAAAGUAUGGAAAAUGAAAAAUAAAUUAUGGGAAAAUAUUUAUGAUUCCAGACUAUCACCACAGUGCUAAAAUAAGUAGGUAUUUCCAAAAAUAAUUCUAAAAAGUAGGGUAUAGAAAAGUGUGGAAAUUCCAACUGUGUAGGAACCCUGUCACAAAACAAACUUUUAUUUAUUUACCCAUGCUUAAAAAUUACACCUGUAUGUCAGCUAACUCUUGUUUAAAUCUGCCAUGGUGUCUACAGAAAAGUUCACCCGAGGAGAGGGAGCGCAUCAUCAAACAGCUGAAAGAGGAACUGAGACUUCAAGAAGCCAAGCUGGUGCUGCUCAAGAAGCUUCGACAGAGUCAGAUCCAGAAGGAGAGCACUGUGCAGAAGGUAAAACCCCAAAUGACAAAAUGCUAUUUUAAUUAUUCAAGUUUUGAAACUGUGUGGCACUGUCAAAAGGGUUGAGUUAUUCUUAAAUGCAUCCAGUCAACAUCAGGAACUUAAAGUUUUAGUGCUUGUUGAUGCCAUAAAGUAGAUCAAACUUAAGAAACUGAUCCUGAUCCCUGUUCUUUUCCAGUCGACCAACUCAGUGGCCACUCCCCCUCCUCUAGUCAGAGGUAGCAUCACAUCAAGCAAAGGACCCCUCCAGGUAUUAACUAGGGCUGCUUGGUAACGUCAGAAAUCAUAAUCAUGAUUAAUUUGAUUGAGAUUAAGAUCACUAUCACACAUAAUUAACUUUUUGAAAAACACAUUAAUAAGUUUUACAGUUUGACUUCUUUAUUUUGGCAAAGCAGGGCCUGUCUGUCUAACUGGAUUUAUUUUUAAAAGUGGCAUGUAACAGUAGUGAGAAAGACCCCGCAGCAGGUCUUCACUUGACUUCAAGAGCCCUGACUUGAUUUUAACAAUAAAAUCUCUUAGUUGAAUGCCUUUCACAUGUAAUAGAGUUGCUUAUUUUUACAGUGUUAUUGAAAACUGAGGGACCUGAGCUAUUCCCCCAUUAAUACUUUAUUGCAGGUUGCAGAUCCAACAUAUAAUUUCAUCUUUUUAAGACUUAACCUCAAUUACUUACCCGAUUUAGGCUUAUCUUUCACUGUGAUUUUACUGUGAUGUAAAAAACUUGAACAAACUCAUUAUCACCAAAGCCUCCUUUCUCAUGGGGAGCCUUAAACGUAGGCUUUAGUAAUAUUACAUUUUGUCAAAGCCAUCUACUAAAACUUUUUGUUUUUUGAUCCAGAUCUUGAUUAGAAGCCACAGAAGUUUAGUUGUGUGGUUUAGUUCCAAAUCUUUCACAUAUAUCACAAUCAUAACUAAGAUCUAUGAUGUGCAGUGUUACAAAGCUUUGUUUGCAUCAUUGACUCGUUUUCAGGUACCAGGUCGAAGCUCAGGCACGGUGAUUCCUCCCCCCUUGGUGCGAGGUGGUCAACAUGUACCGUCCAAACACAACUCUCAGAUUGUUAUGCCACCCCUGGUCAGAGGGGCCCAGGUUAGUGUUGGGGGCUGAGACACUUCACAAAAUGAUCCAAGGCCUCAUUUUAGCUCACUUUUGAAGAGGUGUACUUCUGAAGAGAUCUUUGUUGAUGUAUCUUCUUUGUCCUCUCCUCUUCUUUGAUGGCUGUCCUUGCGUGCUACAGCCUAUCGCAAUGACUCCUCAGCAGAUAGCCAGUCUGCGCCAGCAACAGCAGCAGCACAGUGGAUCAGGGCCCCCUCCACUGCUGUUAGCCCCCAGGGCUUCUGUGCCCAAUGUCCAGGUCCAGGGCCAGAGGAUCAUUCAGCAGGGACUUAUCCGGGUGGCUAAUGUGGCCAACAGUAAUGUCAUGGUCAACAUCCCUCAGGUAACUAGGACACAGUAGAAACAUGCGAUAAGAAUAAAUGAAGCUUAUGAAAUGCUCUUUUUCAUGACGCCUUUUUUUUCUUUUAUUACCCGAAGAAUAAUUUUCUCUUAAGCAGUUGCUGAAGUGUUUCCGCUUGUGUUUUUGUCAAGGCUUCUCCAACCAGCCUAAAAAGCUCUUCAGUGUCACCCAACUCAAGUGUUAAUGAUUCCCCUGCCAGCCGGCAGGCAGCUGCUAAGCUUGCUCUGCGGAAGCAGUUGGAGAAAACGCUGUUGGAGAUCCCUCCACCUAAACCUCCUGCCCCUGAGUUCAACUUCCUGCCCUCUGCUGCCAAUAAUGAAUUCAUCUACUUGUUGGGGUUGGAGGAAGUGGUGCAGAAGCUUCUGGAGAUGCAUGGCAGGGGUAGGUAGACCUUUACCCUUGUGUAGCUACUUUUGGAAACUUAGAGGCAAUGGCAUGUUGGAUAGUAAAACAGAUAUGAUAACAUCCCAAUAACUAUUAUUGUUUUUUCAUCCAGGUAAUCUGGGUCCAGCUGCUGCCAUGGCCAGCUCCAUUCCCAAAGAGCCAUACACCUGUGCCCAGUGUAAGACGGACUUCACCUCCCGCUGGAGAAAAGAGAAGGCUGGGACCAUCCUCUGUGACCAAUGCAUGUCAUCGAACCAGAAGAAGGCCCUGAAAGCUGAGCACACUAACCGGCUGAAGGCAGCCUUUGUGAAGGCACUCCAACAGGAGCAGGAGAUCGAGCAGCGUAUCCUCCAGCAGGCGGCCUCCUCUUCAUCUAUCAUUAAAACCUCUUCCUCUCCCUCACUGUCUAAGAGUGAGAUACUGGUGUCCCAGCAGUACAAGCAGGUUGGAGCCGCCAUGCAGCAUAGAUCUGUGUCUGCUCACCACUCCACCAUAAAGCAGGUAAGCAUGGCGGCUGAUUUUCUGAAUCGUUGAACAAAAUCGUGUCGUCAAUAUAAAAUUUUUCGGCAUUUGCACCCAAAUGUCAUAUCUGUGUGUUGGCUAACGCCUGCAACAACACUCAGCAUAUCUUCCCUUCACGUGUUGUUUAUGUGCAGAAUCAGCUGUCUCAUGGCAUCCAAUCUGCAGUGACCUCUCAUGGUCCGGCCCACUCUUACACUUCUUCCUCUCAGCUGCAGAGAGCAGUGACAGCAGCGGCGCUGGGGAGCAGGCCAGGUAAGCAUGCUGCAGCACGUCUGCUGCAGCAGGGGGCAAAGGUCAGCGCCAGCAGCAGUAACCAGGGCAACAUGACUGCCUGGAGGAAGCAGAACGCGGGCAGCACAGGUAGAUAAACGUUGAGAUGAGGUUAGGUGGAGAAUGCGCCUCACUCCCAUCUUCUUAUUUUUCUGCUCCUCUUUGGGCUCAUCUCUCUCUCAAAGUAAAAUCCUUUCUCCUGCUGUCAUCACUUCAUCUUUUUUUUCAUUUUCUGAAACUAGCCUCUUCAUUUUAGAGACACUAUUUAUUACUCAUUAUGUUGGACUUUUGUGUUUAAAAAAAUCCCAGAUAUUUUCAUGAUCCUCUAAAGCAUUUUUCCUCCAUGAUCUUUGCCCUCAAAAUUCUACGCUGUUAUAAUUUGCUCUAGUAUUUAUGAGAAUCAGCUCAGUCUUAAAUCCAUUGACCCCUGAUGUGUGUUUUUCCUCUCAGGUGUGACUAUGGCCUACGUGAACCCCAGCUUGUCAGCUCACAAGACCGCCUCUUCUGUGGAGCGUCAGCGAGAGUAUCUGCUGGACAUGAUUCCUUCACGUUCAAUCUCCCAAGCAGCCAACACAUGGAAAUAA